AUGGUUUUUCUUUACAAUGUGUCAUGUCUUUCAUGGUUUUCUUUCUUCCAAUGUGUGAUGCACAUGUCUUCAUAUCAUGGUUUUUCUUUCCUUCCAAUGUGUGAUGCACAUGUCUUUCUUGCUUUUUCUUUCCUUCCAAUGUGUGAUGCACAUGUCUUCAUGGUUUUUCAUUCCUUCCAAUGUUUUGUCUUCAUAUCUUGCUUUUUCUUUCCUUCCAAUGUUCAUGAGUUAUGCAUUGCUUCAUCUAAUUGCUUUCUUCUUUCCUGUAUAGUGAUACAUGUUUUUACAUCCCUUUUUUUCUUCUCUCUCUUUUCAGCAUAUGAUGAUCAAGUGGAUGUACCAAACAGACAUAAUAUGAAACUAUUCUUUGAUAGUCUCAAACAUUAUAAUCUGAAAAUAGGUUUGUGGGUUGAUCUUACAAACACCAACAGAUUUUAUGACCAAGAGGAAAUCACCAGAACAGGUUGCAAAUAUUUUAAGUUAAAAUGCCGUGGUCAUAGUGAAACUCCACAACCAGAACAAAUUAAUAUAUUUAUUGAAGUGUGCAGCAGAUUUUUGGAAAAUAAUCCAAAUGAAAUUAUUGGUGUUCACUGCACUCAUGGGUUUAACCGAACAGGUUUUCUUAUAGCUGCCUUUUUAGUUGAACAAGAAUCCUGGAGUGUUGAUGCAGCUGUCCAAGCAUUUGCUGUUUGCCGACCCCCUGGGAUAUACAAGCAAGAUUAUCUGAAUGAGCUUUUCAAGCGUUAUGGAGAGGAAGAUGAAACUCCAGAGGCUCCAGCACUUCCUGAUUGGUGUACAGAAUUUGAUGGCACGGAAGAUGUAGAUGAUGAUGGAAAUGUUGUAAAAAAUGGAGAAUCUUCACAUUCAGGCCAUUCAGCUGGAAGUGGAAAUAGAAGAGGCCGAAAGGAAUUUUUUAACAAGAAUGCCAAGUUUAUGGAUGGUGUCAGUGGAGUGACUCUUGUCACAAAUCAACCUCGUCUUUCGCAAAUACAACAGAAAUGCCAAAACAUGUGUGGCUGGAAAUCAACUGGCUUUCCUGGAGCUCAACCCGUUUCCAUGGAUAACCAGAAUCUCAUCUUUCUCAAACAGAAACCCUACAAGGUCAGCUGGAAAGCAGAUGGUGUAAGGUACAUGACGCUAAUUGAUGGUGCCAAUGAAGUCUACAUGAUUGAUCGAGACAAUUCUGUGUUUCACAUUCCCAACCUUGAGUUUCCUCGGCGGAAACAACCAGAUGAACAUAUAUGUAAUACACUAAUAGAUGGGGAAAUGAUUAUGGAUAAAGUUGGUGAUAAAUAUGUACCAAGGUAUUUGGUUUAUGAUAUUGUUAAAUUUGAGGGAAUUGAUGUUGGAGGGACACAUUUUGACCGUCGUUUACUCUGUAUACAAAGAGAGAUUAUUGGACCAAGACACAUGAAGAUGCAACAAGGACUGCUUGACAAAAGCAAAGAACCUUUUAGUGUUCGUGCCAAACAGUUCUGGGAUAUUCAAACAGCCAGAAAACUGUUAGAUGGGAAAUUUGCCAAUGAAGUGAGUCAUGUAGUUGAUGGACUCAUUUUCCAGCCUGUUGCAGGGAGAUACAUGCAUGGGCGUAAUAAUGAUAUUCUUAAGUGGAAACCUGCUUCAGUGAACUCUGUUGAUUUUAAACUAAUGAUUUACAAAGAAAACAAACCAGGGAUGCUACCUGAAACAAAAGGCUAUUUGUUUGUUGGUGGAAAGGAUAGUCCAUUUGCUGAGAUGAAGGUUUCUCGAGAAAUGAAAGAACUUAACAACAAAAUUAUUGAGUGUGCUUGGGAUUCUGAGAAACAUUGUUGGAAAUUCAUGCGACAACGAACUGACAAAUCCUUCCCUAACAGCUACAACACAGCCAUGGGUGUUUUUAACAGCAUCAUGUAUCCAGUGAUCAAGGAAGUUCUGUUAAACACUAUAGAAAUGGGGCGGUGGAUGCCACCUGCUCGUCAUCCGCCUGCAGAGAAAAGAAAAGCAUUACCAAUUUCAAGGGAUCAGGAACUAAUGCCACCUCCCAAAAAAGUAUAA